UGAGAAGACCCCAUGACCACCCCAGCGAACGAAAAGGACUCUCCGCCUUUCUCACAACACGGGAGAAGCUCGCAUUUAUGGGCUUGAUAGGGUCGGCCACAUCACAAGCCUUCAAUGCCUCCACCAACUUGAAACCCCGAACAGCUUUUCUUGCAUCCAUAGAUCACACAUUUUCGCUUCCUCGCCCACCCUCGUCCCUCCCACCACAUUAAAACCCGCCCAAGUUUGGAUCUUGUAAGUCCCAGGUAAUCGUCAGCUAUGUGAGAGCUUGAAGGAGCUCAACCACCGCUUUGCCGUGCCAACUAACAAUGCUGGCUCUUUCUCUACCGGGCGCGGGCUUUACUUGAUUGGAACUUGGACGAGCUGAGGAGAAAAAGGGUGAGAGAUCUGAUUGGUCAUCAGUAACUUUGGAGCCUCCGACACGGAAGUAUUUAUUUGCCUUUUCUAAAUACUUUUAGGUGGGGUUGAUGAGCAGACCCGACGGCAAUUACCAAGGCAACUGCCAGUGUUUUGCUCCUUUCGGUGUUUAAUUUGGUCAGACAAAGGUGGAGUGGGGCGAUUGAGGCGUUUUACUACCGAUUUAUGCUUGAAAGCUGUGAUCUUUGGCUGUUUCCUUGUGGAGAGAUCUACAGUUGGUUUGGUCAGAAAGCGAGGUAGAAAAUAUCUUGGGCUGAGAUACUACGUCGAAGAGCUGUCAUUUGCCCGUUGGAAACCAUCUCUCAGCAAAUAUUAUUACUUGCCAAAUUAGUCGUUUGAGCGAAUUGGAAGUUCUCUGUGUUUGCUGCUCGAAAGAAGAUGGUUGGCACUGUCGAAAUUAAUCAUAGUUCUGUCAACUCGAAUGGAUCCCGUCACAAUUCCAAUGGAGCUGAAGAAAGGCUAGAUGAGCUCCGCCGUCUCCUUGGCAAGACUGAUGGUGAUCUGCUUAAGAUUGUUGGUGUAGGGGCUGGUGCCUGGGGCAGCGUGUUUGCUGCCCUCUUGCAGGAUGCAUAUGGUCAUCUUCGCGAUAAGGUUCAGAUUAGAAUAUGGAGACGGCCUGGCAGAUCAGUUGACCGUUCCACAGCGGAGCAUUUGUUCGAGGUUAUCAAUUCACGGGAGGAUGUUUUGAGGCGUUUGAUCAGAAGAUGUGCGUACUUGAAGUAUGUGGAGGCAAGGCUCGGUGAUCGAACACUGUAUGCGGAUGAGAUAUUGAGGGAUGGAUUUUGCUUAAACAUGAUUGAUACCCCACUUUGUCCAUUGAAGGUUGUAACGAAUUUGCAGGAGGCAGUGUGGGAUGCAGAUAUUGUGGUUAAUGGUUUGCCGUCUACGGAGACUAGGGAGGUAUUUGAGGAUAUCAGUAGGUAUUGGAAGGAGAGGAUUACUGUUCCAAUUAUUAUCUCUCUUGCAAAGGGUAUAGAAGCGGCUCUAGAUCCUGUCCCACGUAUAGUAACACCUACUCAGAUGAUCAAAUGUGCAACUGGAGUUCCAAUCGAGAACAUUCUCUAUCUUGGGGGUCCAAACAUUGCUUCAGAGAUUUACAACAAGGAAUAUGCUAAUGCUCGAAUCUGUGGAGCAGAGAAGUGGAGAAAACCUCUUGCCAAGUUCUUGCGGCAGCCACAUUUCAUUGUGUGGGAUAACAGCGAUCUAGUCACUCAUGAAGUGAUGGGUGGCUUGAAGAAUGUUUAUGCUAUUGGUGCUGGAAUGGUAGCAGCUCUAACAAAUGAGAGUGCAACAAGCAAAUCAGUAUACUUUGCCCACUGCACUUCUGAAAUGAUAUUUAUUACUCAUCUGUUGGCCGAACAACCAGAAAAACUAGCUGGUCCUUUGUUAGCCGAUACAUAUGUGACCUUAUUAAAGGGUCGGAAUGCAUGGUAUGGACAAAUGCUGGCCAAGGGAGAACUGAGUCUUGACAUGGGUGACAGCAUAAAAGGAAAAGGAAUGAUUCAGGGAGUCUCUGCAGUUGGUGCAUUUUACGAGCUACUUAGCCAGUCUAGCUUAAGUGUGUUGCAUCCUGAGGAGAAGAAACCCGUUGCUCCGGCUGAGCUGUGUCCCAUCCUCAAAACCCUUUAUAAAAUACUGAUUAGAAGGGAGUGUCCUUCACAAGCUAUUCUUCAAGCGCUACAAGAUGAAACUAUGAACGAUCCUCGUGAAAGGAUAGAGAUAGCUCAGAGUCAAGCUUUCUACAGGCCAUCACUUCUCGGUCAACGUUAACAUAAACCGUUGAUGGUUACAAAACUAAAAUAUCAAAAGCGAAGUCUUGCUGGUCAUGUUGGAGCUGAUACUGAGAUUUUAUUGCUUUGGUGGCAUGCUAAAUGUUUGAUGAGAGAAGCUAAAUGGUUAAAGAAUGUAAAUUUCUCCAUCAUGUAAUGGGCUGCUUCUGCAUAAAAUCGAGUAAACUUGCGAUGCGAGUGGGGUGUUUAGUUGUACUUUAUGAAUAAUUAUAAUUCAUUUAUAUCAAGUUGUGUUUAGUCAAAGAAUAGAAA